GAAUAUUGUACUUUUAUUUCUCGUCAUGAAGAGAGAAACUGAUCGUGACGCACGUUCAUCAAUCUGCCAUUGGUUGACAUUCAUCAGCUUUGGGAUUUUGUUUACCUCGGUUGCUUUUCUCUCAUUGAAUGUCUACAAUCUUCGCAGGGAAAUCGACAAAGUGAAGUCAGAGAUUCGUCCCUCAGUGUUGAGGAAUGAUAAAGGAGCAUCACGGUUGUACGAUGAUUACAUCGUCAGAUCUCGAUUUGUUCGUCAGAUUGAACCAGGUCCAGACGAAAUUGAACCAGGACCAGGUGAAGGAAAUCCAUCCCAAGAUGCUGGUCCGGAGCUGCAUCAAAACAGUUUCGCCAAACUGAACUGCACUCGGGAUGCGGAAGGAUAUAGCAUUUGCACCCUCGUCAACGGUAGUCUCCUUGGAACUCCUGGCGCCCGUCACGAGGUACAAAGACACGUGGAGUCUUACCUCAAUCAAUCUGGCGCGAAUUUUCUCGGAACUUCAGCCGCUCAGCAAGUGGUACAGGACUAUUUCGUGUCUUACUUCAACACCUCCGGCGGAAGUUUGUUGAGAAAUACUGGCGCUCAGAAUGUGGUCCAGGAAUAUGUUGAAUCCUAUUUCAACAUUUCAGGCGGAAAUCUUCUUAGAACUUCUGGACAUCAGCAAGUGGUGGAGGAGUAUGUGGAGACUUAUUUCAACGUAUCUGGUGUAAAUCUCCUUAGAACAUCUGCCGCUCAGCAGGAGAUACAGGGAUAUGUUGAAUCUCACGUGAACCAAACAUAUGGACCUACUCUUUCUCAGUGGACCGGUGAUGAGCUGGACAGCAGAUUUCGGAGACUCAUCAAUAUCCAUUUCAGCAAUACCUCUUUCGGACUCGGUAGUUUUGGAGGAAAUUACACUGGAUUAACUGGUUUUAAUUUUACUGGCAGUGGAUUCGGUGGUAAUUUUACAGGAAUAGGAUCUGGCGGAACCGGGAGUGGAUUGGGCGGGAGUUUCUCAGGCGUGGAAGGAAGCCUUCGUCUUAUUGAGCAGUAUGUUGGUUCCUACGCGUUGAAAACGUUUGGUCCGUCGUUCCUUCCUGGCGCAGAAAUUGAACUAGAGCCGGGCCAGACAGUGCUGGAUGCUUACUUGGACCAAGCUGUUGGAGAGGCAGUCCAGUCACAGUUAGGGGGUGGGGGUGGAACAGGAGGUAGUAAUGGUGGUGGUGCAGUUGGAGGAGGAACUGGGGGCGGUGGUAGCGUUGGGGGUGGCCCUGUGGAUGGAGGAGUGACGAGCGGAGAAAUGAAUCAAACAAUCCAGCAGUAUAUCGGAUCAUUUGCGCAGGCGUCUUUUGGUCCCUCGUUUGUACCUGGCGCUUCAGGACCUGGCGAUAAGACUCCACUGGAGAUGUUUGUAGACGAUUCUGUUUCGCGGUCUUUGAUGAAGUUUUUUGAAGACAAAGGGGACUCUGCACCGCAGCCAAAACUCCCAGAUAACUACACUAUCCAGACUUUUGUCAGAGCUUAUGUAGGCGAGUAUUUGGGUGAACUAAAUAUUUCUUCAUCCCAAGAGCUCCAACAGUCACAGCCUCAGCUGCUUAAUAAUCGCACUAUUAAGAGCUUCGUGAAGGCUUAUGUUGACGAUCAUAUCAGUGCACUCAACUUAUCCUCCUCUUCACAAGCAGUGUCAGUAAUGGCAGAUAACCGAACGAUGCAGAAAUUCAUCCAGAAUUAUGUGGAUGGAUAUCUGGGAGUAAAAGCUAAUGAUAACCGAACUAUUCAGGGCUUUGUCAAAGAUUAUGUUGAUGAAUAUGUUGGUGGACUUAAUCUUACGGCAUCGACGAGGCAACAGCAGCUUUCUGAUAAUAGCAGUGUGCAGGACAUCGUGAAAGAUUAUGUGCGUUCGUUUACAGGUGGUUUCAAUUUUUCAUCGCUACAAUCUCAAACACGGACUCCCAAUAACCGCACUAUACGGAGCCUUGUCAAAGCAUACGUAGACGAGUUUGUUGUGGCGCUAAACUUUUCCUCGCCACAACAGCAAUCAGAGUUGCCAGACAAUAGCACGAUACAGAGCUUUGUAAAGGAUUAUGUCGACAGAUUUGUGGGUGAACUCAAUCUCUCUUCAUCUCAAGCACAAACCCAGCCCCAGCUGAAGCUGCUUAACAGUAGCAUUCAGAACUUUGCGAGGAUUCACGUCGACAAUUAUUUGGCGGGUAAACUCAGUCUACCAGCCGACAAUCGGACCUUCCAAAAUAUUGUGCAAGAUUAUGUGAAUGUAUAUAUAGGUGGACUUAAUUUGACCGCGUCACCACCGCAAACGCAGUUUCUCAAUAACCGAACCAUCCAGAGCUUUGUAAAAGUUUAUGUAGACGAUUACGUUGAUGGACUCAAUCUUUCUUCAGCACAACAACACAAUGGACGUCCUAUUAAUCUCACCAUACAGAGAUACGUAAAAGAUUAUGUUGAUGAAUAUGUUGGUGGAUCUAAUCUGUCCUUUUCAACAUCCCAACCGCAAUUGCUCGGCAACCGCACACUUCAAAGCGUUGUAAAAGAUUAUGUGGACGGCUAUUUAGCUGGACUCAAUAUUUCUUCUGUGGCACGACCUCGACCACCACCAUUUCAAAAUACCACAAUCCGAAAGCUAGUGGAAGGUUAUGUAGACGUGUAUGUAGAUGGACUUAAUUUAUCCUCUUCGCUGCAGCGGGCAAACGGCCUUGGUAAUCGCUCUAUCGAAAGCGUUGUUGAAGACUAUGUAAACCAGUUUAUAGGUGGAUUAAAUCUCUCUUCACCACAACAGUUUUCAUUCCCUGAUAACCGAACCAUACAGAAGUUUGUCAAAGAUUAUGUGGAUGAAUACGUUGGUGAACUCAAUUUAUCCUCAUCACAAUCCGCAGUCCAAGCACCUGAUAACCAAACCAUUCGGAGCUUUGUAGAAGACUAUGUUGACCAAUAUGUCGGCAGCCUCAAUUUAUCCUCAUUACAACCGCCUGAUAAUGAUGCGAUUCAGAAAUUUGUAGAGAAUUAUGUUGACGAGUAUGUCGGCGGACUCAAUAUAUCCGCAUCACAACCUCGACCGAAGUCGCCUGAUAACCGCACGAUCCAAAAUUUAGUGAAUGAUUAUAUAAAAGAGAUUCUGGGCGGACGCAACCUUUCUGCACUGAAACCUCAACCUCACGAUAACCGCACCAUCCAGAAUCUUGUUGAAUUAUAUCUCGCUGAAUAUCGUGGUGGGCGUAAUAUUAACGCGACGCAACCGCAAUCAACUCCUCCUUCUAACAGCACAAUUCAGAGCUUUGUGCGGAAAUAUGUGAACGAAUACAUCGAUGAACGCAAUUUCUCCGCGUUUCAACCGCAACGUCUACCUCUUGAUAACAGCACAAUUCAGCCCUUUGUUGAGCACUAUGUACAGGAAUAUUUGGGUGGGCGCAAUCUUUCCGCAUCACAACCGCAAUCAGCGCCGCUUGACAACAGCACGAUCCAGAAUAUUGUAAACGCCUUCGUGAAUCAACAUAUUGAUGGGCUCAAUCUUUCACCAGAAGCGCAGCCACCCCUAAACCGCACAAUCCAGAAUUUUCUAGAAGCGUAUUUAGAUAAGUAUACCGAUGGGAGCGAAUUGAAUCAAAAAAUCAUCGAAGUGGUGAAUUCUCGUUUGAGAACUAUCACAGAUGUGAAGUCAAUCCCUGGUCCUCCGGGUCCACAAGGAAUUCAAGGGCCCGCAGGUCCCCCUGGUGUUCAAGGACCUGUUGGUCCUCCCGGUAUGCCGGGUGCAAACGGUCAAGCGGGAGCAGCGGGAACACCUGGCCCCCCGGGGACUGCAGGGGCCCCGGGUGCAAACGGACUUCCGGGCCCUCCAGGUCCUUCAGGAAAUGCAGGGGCUCGUGGCUCACGGGGUCUGCGUGGCCCUCCUGGACCCCCGGGGCGGUCAGCUCCGACAAAGGUUACACGCCCAACGGGAGACGGAGAUGGCAAGCAGACAAAGGAGCCGGACAAAAAAACACCAACGUUUGAAGGAUUCUCCAAGCCGAACAUAACAAUUAAGCCUCCGAAAUCCUACAUAGCUACGAAAGGAGACUAUAUAGUCCUAGGUUGUUCUGCCGAUGGAUUACCGAAACCAGAAAUAAUUUGGGUGAAAAAGAACAAUGGACGUGCGGUCAUCGGAAAUUAUUUCACCUUGGAGAACGCUCUCCCGGAGGACUCUGGAAACUGGACUUGCCGUGCAAGUAACCUCAUGGGUACAGAUACCGCUAACGUAGAACUUAUCGUAGCGACCGAGCCGACAUUCUCUGUAGCACCCGUGCCAAAAAUCACAGCUUUUACGGAUCAAAUCACCGAGAUAAAAUGCGAUGUAGAAGGAUUUCCAUCACCCAAGAUAGAAUGGCGUCGUCAAGGCAACAAGGAGCUUCCUUUUGACAGGCACUAUAUCCGAAAUAACAACCUGUACUUAAGGAAUCCUAUCAAAGCGGAUGAAGACAUCUACAUGUGCCACGCCUCAAACCCAGCAGGGUCUGUUAUGGGAGGUACUGAGGUCACAGUACAAACCUAUGAACCAGUGGAAGUGACAAACGUUCCUUUGAGCAUUGUGACACUCCAAGAAUUCGAUGCUCCUGUCCGCGUAAAUUGCUCCGCACGUGGUGUGCCUAUGCCGAAUAUCACUUGGUAUAAGGAUGGUGUUGCCAUGCCAACGAGGACGAUAAUCGAUGGCGAUGAGGUUACUGGAGAAUUAAACCUGGAGCGGCUUCGACCCGAAGAGCAGGGAGAUUACAAAUGCGUUGGAACAACCUCUGUGAGGAACGAACCAUUCACGUACACGACGACAAUUGAGCUUCGAAAGUGCCGUGAGCUGGCUGAUCCUGUCGACGGUUACAAGAUAAGCGAUGAUUAUUCUGUUGUGGGAAGUAUUGUGAGGUUUGCUUGCAAUCCAGGCUGUAUGCUGUAUGGAUCGUCUGCCAGAGUUUGUGGCAAAGAUGGAGUGUGGAGCGGAACUCAGCCUUAUUGUUACAAUGUAGGACUAGUGGCUUACGAAUGCCAACACUACCGCCUCCUGACAGAGCAGGACAGAAACCUCAUGAGUCGAGAAUUGUUGGGUAAAUGCGACGACAAUUUAGCAGAGGGUUGGUACCGAAUUUCUGGUUCCGCUGGGGUUCAGAUGCCAAACGCAUGCCCAGGCCCCGGUAGAUGUAACACACAAUAUCCCGGCUGGUUGUUUGGCUCGCAUCCUCAUAAAGAUGACGGGUGUGUUGAACGCAUGGUUUGUUUUGGUGAUUAUGUGUCCGGCUGUUGCGAGCUUCGCCGUAAGGUACUGGUGAGGAAUUGUGGUGGAUUCUACGUUUACAAACUCGGCCCAACUCCCGGAUGUAAUCUCCGCUACUGUGGACGAAAUGCGCCGCCAGCGGUUGACGGAUGGUGAACUGGACACUUCUAUUCGAACUGUGUUUUGAUCUCUUUAAAACUGGUUUCAUUUUUUCAUAAUUUUUUU